GUCCUCACGAGGGAAGAGUCACGGCUCUCCUCCUCUCUCCCCAGCUGUGUGCUCGGUCAAUGCCGCCAUAGCUCCUCCUUCUCUCUCUCUCUCUCUCUCUUCCACCUCCUUCCGUGGCUUCUCUCUCUAGUCAUCACCGGAGAACCAUACAUACACACACAGAUAGAUAUAACUAUACUAUAUAUAUAUAUCGCAGCAUCUGAGCUCGAGCUUUGAUGUCCGCACCGCAGAGGAUCCUCUUCCUUUUCAUUCCGUCUCUCCCUCGUCCUCGUCCUCGUCCUCCUCCUACAACCUCCCUCUUCCGCCGCCUCGUCUCCCCCUACAGAGCCUUAGCUCGCCCCCCCUUCAUCACUCCUCCUGCUGCUUCUGGUGUAUAUCGCUGGAGUUCGACCAUACCGAAGAAUAAGAGAAAGGUUAAAGGACAGAAGGGGAAAGAGAAGCCGAAACCGCCUACUUCUUCUGCAGCUAUGGCGGGCCCAUCGGCAGUUGUUGCUGAGGCUGUAACCAGUAGAAUCGGUGGGCUGAGCAUUGCUGAGCAUAGUGGAGAAGCUCGUGUUGCACUUCCCGCUUCGCAAUCUGGUAUUGUUCAUACAGUGAAUCAAAAUCAAAGCCCGGCAGCCAUAUGGAUGCCUCGAGCCUAUGGAACAGCAACUGGAGCCGAUGCAGCUGAAGCUGAGAGUAUUCCUGUCGAUCAAAGAGCUGGAGAAAUACAAGCAAAUGGAUCCAACGGAUCUGCUACUCAAUCUAGCUCUCCGGGGUUGAGUAAGCUAUUCAGUAGUAAUCUACUAGAAGGUUUUUCUGUGGAUAACUCUACGUACACCUGUGCCCAAGUUAGAGCUACUUUCUACCCAAAGUUUGAGAAUGAGAAGUCAGACCAGGAGAUUAGGAUACGGAUGAUUGAGAUGGUAUCUAGAGGGCUGGCAACCUUGGAGGUUUCAUUGAAGCACUCUGGGUCUCUUUUUAUGUACGCGGGUAAUGAGGGUGGUGCAUAUGCCAAAAACAGCUUUGGAAAUAUAUAUACAGCAGUUGGUGUUUUUGUUCUUGGGCGGAUGUUCCAGCAGGGAUGGGGUUCUGCAGCUGCAAAAAAGCAAGCUGAGUUCAAUGAAUUUCUUGAGAAGAACCGCAUGUGCAUCUCGAUGGAACUGGUAACCGCUGUUCUAGGAGACCAUGGCCAGCGACCUCGAGAAGAUUACGUCGUUGUCACAGCGGUCACUGAAUUAGGCAAGGGAAAGCCAAUAUUCUAUUCCACCCCCGAGAUGAUAGCUUUUUGCAGGAGAUGGCGGCUUCCAACAAAUCAUGUGUGGUUGUUCUCAUCAAGGAAAUCAGUGACAUCCUUUUUUGCCACUUAUGAUGCCCUUUGCGAGGAAGGAACAGCAACACCUGUAUGCCGGGCAUUGGAUGAAGUUGCAGAUGUCUCUGUGCAAGGCUCAGUAGAUCAUAUAACAGCACAAGGAGAAAUUUUGGAGGGGCUUGUGGCUCGUAUUGUAAGCCAUGAGAGUGCAAAACAUAUAGAAGAAGUUUUGAAGGACUUCCCUAUUCCACCAAAUGACGGAGGUAACGUUGAUUUUGGACCAAGCCUUAGAGAAAUCUGUGCUGCAAAUCUGUCUGAUGAGAAACAGCAAAUAAAAGCCCUUCUUGAGAGCGUUGGUCCUUCCUUUUGUCCUCAUCUAUCUGAUUGGCUGGGUAAAGAAGCUGGGGAUAAUCAUUCAAGAAAUGCUGACAGAUCUGUGCUAUCAAAAUUUUUACAAUCACGGCCUGCAGAUUAUUCAACCACAAAACUUCAGGAAAUGAUUCGUUUAAUGAGAGAGAAACGUUACCCGGCAGCUUUUAAAUGCUAUCACAACUUCCACAAGAUUGAGUCAACAUCAAGUGACAAUCUUUUCUACAAAAUGGUUAUACAUGUUCAUAGUGAUUCAGCUUUCAGGAGAUACCAGAGAGAUAUGAGGUACAAGCCAGGACUCUGGCCAUUAUAUCGAGGUUUUUUUGUAGACAUAAAUCUUUUCAAGGCAAACAAAGAACGGGCUGCUGAAAUUGCGAACGGCAGCCAAGAUAUAGUAGAAAAUGUCAAUGAGAAUGGUGGCACAAAUUCAAAAGAUGAUUUAGCAGAUGAUGAUGCAAAUUUAAUGAUCAAACUGAAGUUUCUCACUUAUAAGAUACGAACCUUCUUGAUCCGCAAUGGCUUGUCAAUUCUUUUCAAGGAGGGUCCACCGGCAUAUAAAACUUAUUACCUAAGGCAAAUGAAAAAUUGGGGAACUUCAUCAGGAAAGCAGCGACAGCUUAGCAAAAUGCUGGAUGAAUGGGCUAUUUACAUACGGAGAAAAUAUGGAAACAAGCAGCUUUCAUCUUCAAUAUACCUCAGUGAAGCUGAACCUUUUCUCGAACAGUAUGCAAAACGCAGCGUGGAGAAUCAAGCUCUGAUUGGUUCUGCGGGGAGCCUUGUGCGGGCAGAAGAUUUCUUGGCUAUUGUUGAAGGAGGCAGGGAUGAAGAGGGUGAUCUUGAGAUGGAGCGAGAAGCGGCCCCGCCAAGUCCUACUCCCUCCGCUAGAGACUCUGUCCUGAAGGAUGAGGGUAUGAUUGUGUUCUUCCCAGGAAUACCUGGCUGUGCCAAAUCAGCACUUUGCAAGGAAAUACUAAAUGCCCAGGGAGGACUUGGAGAUGAUCGGCCUGUCCAUAGUCUAAUGGGUGACCUUAUCAAAGGUAAAUACUGGCAAAAGAUUGCUGAAGAGCGCAGGAGAAAACCCUAUUCCAUCAUGCUGGCAGAUAAAAAUGCUCCGAAUGAAGAGGUUUGGAGACAGAUUGAAGACAUGUGCAGAAGGACCAAAGCAUCAGCAGUUCCUGUUAUACCUGAUUCUGAAGGAAGCUAUUCCAAUCCCUUUUCUCUUGAUGCACUAGCUGUCUUCCUGUUCCGUGUGCUUCAACGAGUCAAUCACCCAGGGAAUUUGGACAAGGCUUCUCCAAACGCUGGUUAUGUGCUACUCAUGUUUUAUCACCUUUAUGAGGGAAAGAGUCGUCAGGAAUUUGAAGAUGAAUUAGUUGAACGAUUCGGGUCACUUGUGAAGAUGCCAUUGUUAAAAUCCGACAGAGAUCCCCUACCUGACUCUGUCAAAUCUGUCUUGGAGGAGGGAAUUAGUCUGUACAAACUCCAUACCAGCAGACAUGGAAGAUUGGAAUCCUCCAAGGGAACAUACGCAAAAGAUUGGGCAAAGUGGGAAAAGCAAUUGCGUGACAUAUUACUUAGCAACACUGAGUAUCUCAAUUCUAUUCAGGUUCCAUUUGACUUCGCUGUCAAGCUAGUGCUGGAACAGCUGAGAAGCAUUGCCAAAGGUGAUUACACAGCACCGAGUACCGAGACACGGAAGUUUGGCUCCAUAGUCUUUGCUGCUGUUAGCCUACCGAUUGAACAAAUUCAUGAUCUCCUCAAAAUGUUGUCUGGUAAGAAUGCGAUGGUGGAAGCUUUCCUGAAGGACAAGGAUAUGGAAAGCAGCCUGCGGAAAGCUCACAUAACCCUCGCUCACAAGAGAAGCCAUGGAGUCACUGCUGUCGCCAAUUAUGGUCACUUCGUCAACAGGCAAGUCCCCAUAGAUGUGACGGCUCUUCUGUACAAUCCCAACAUGGCUGCGUUCGAAGCUCGUCUUGGCACAGUCGACGGCGAGGCUGUAACUUCGAAGAAUGAGUGGCCCCACAUUACCCUUUGGACUGGAGAGGGAGUUGCUCCCAAAGAAGCCAAUAAUCUGCCUCAGCUGCUUUCGCAGGGUAAGGCUGCUCGUGUCGAGAUCGAUCCACCGGUGACUAUUUCAGGUCCAUUGGAGUUCUAUUAGGUUAUCAUGAGAUCAACGGCCUUUGAAUUGAAAUGAUGAUAUCAUGAGUGGAUUGGUAAUUGAGGGAAAGUUUUGUUCUUAAGUUGAGUUCCGAAUCAUAGAAGGAAUUAUGCACAUUACGGGAAUUUCAUAUCGGAAGGUCUACUUCUCCCUCUUAUUGAUGUUGGGGGCAGUCCUCAAUUUUGUAAAAUUAGGAGCAAAUUAUGAAUUUUGUGCGCUGCUUUUUGCAAUAAUUUAUAAGUAAAGAUCUAACGUUGUCGCCACAAA